AUGAAUACCACCAAAAUUAUUGAAUCAACUACAAUGACUUUAUCAAAAGCCAAAAGAGAAUCAUCCAUUCAAAAUGGUACAAAUGAUUUAAAUGACUUUUCUUCUUCAACUGCCUUUCGUCGUAUGGAAGAAGAAGAUGAUGAAGAAUUAGGAACUCCUAUUAAUAUUUAUAGAGAACAUCAAGCUCAUUUGGAACAAGAUAAAAAAGCUCAAACUAGACCAAAAAAGAAAAUACUUGACGAACGAAUCGUAAAAUUGUAA